ACGCAAGCCAUCACCUCAGAAUGCCGAAGAUCGCUAUCAUUCCUGGAAGCGCGAGGGUGCCCGGGAACUGCAAAGGAAUCGUAGCAUGGGUAACACAACUCAUGUCAGAUCGCCUAGGCGGUCAGGAUGGUAAUCCACCUGAAAUUUACUUCGACAUCAUGGCCCUCGAUGUCACCAGCCCUCCUUAUCCUCUCGGGCCCCUCGUCGACGGGACCCUGAUGCCCGCGCAAAUACGUGACUCUGCGAAAUACCCCUCUCCCGCUAUACAGGAAUGGAGCACAUUUAUCUCCUCCUGCGACGGUUUCGUUAUCGUCACACCGCAGCACAAUUGGGGCAUUCCGGGCGAGCUCAAGAGCUCGCUUGACCACCUCUACUGGGAGUGGCGCGACAAGCCAGUCAUGUUCGUCACGUACGGUGGUCAUGGCGGGUCCAGAUGCGCCGCGCAGCUCAAGGAUGUCCUCGGCGGUGGGCUCAAGAUGCAUGUGCUCAGUCGAAGCGUCCAGAUCACCUUGCCGUCUGAUUACAUCACAGGAGACCAACGUGUUCCAGAAGACGGACCUAUUCCUGAUUUCUUGCAAGGAUACGCUCCGUCCGUCUUGGACGCCGUUGACGAAUUAAAGCAAUUUCUCACCGAUAAAUCGACUUCCUCCGAUGCGUAAAAUAGCGGUGUGUAGUGAUUGUCACCAUGGUCGUAAAUCAUUACUUUGUCUAUACAUUAAAUUUCGUCGACUCUGA